AUGGCUUCUUCUGCCUCCAUGUCGGUGGUGGCGGUGGUGCUGGUACUGGCGGCAGCACAACCAGCGCGUGCGGAUCGGGCGUGCUACACGCGGGUGUUCAGCUUCGGAGACUCCCUGACGGACACGGGCAACUACGGCUUCGUCUUCCCCGACAGCAACGGCGGGCACGCGCCGUGGCCCUACGGUGAGACCUACUUCCACCAGGCCACAGGCCGCUCCUCCAACGGCCGCCUCAUUGUGGACUUCAUCGCGGACGCGCUGGGGCUGCCGUUCGUGCCGCCGUACUGGGGCGGCCAUAGCGCGGAGUACUUCGCGGGCGGGGCCAACUUCGCGGUCGCCCAGGCCACAGCGCUGAGCCCAGAAUUCUUGCGGGAAAAUGGGGUGACAGUUGCAGCUGACACGGUGCACCUCGACAUGGAGAUGGAUUGGUUCCGUGACCUGCUCAAGCAGCCCAACUUGCUCUGCCCAAACGAUUUUGCCGACUGCAGCAGCACGAUGAAAAAAUCUCUCUUCUUGGUCGGUGAAAUUGGGGGCAAUGAUUACAACGGACCUUUUCUCUCCAAGAUGCCCAUUGAGAUGAUCCGCAACCUGACCCCGAGUGUUGUUGCCAAAAUUUCUGCUACUAUCACUGACUUGAUUGGGUUGGGUGCCAAAACGUUGCUAGUUCCUGGCAACCUUCCAAUUGGGUGCGUCCCAAUCUAUCUCAUGACAUACAAGAGUGACAAGAAGGAAGAUUAUGAGUCAUUGACUGGGUGCCUAAGGUUGAUGAACGAAUUCUCAAAGUACCACAACAGAUAUCUUCUUGAUGAGUUGGACAAGUUGCGCAAUCUUCAUUCUGGCGUGUCAAUAAUCUAUGCUGAUUACUACGGAGCUGCUAUGGAGGUCUUCCUUUCUCCUAAGAAAUUUGGGAUCGACUAUCCAUUGGUGGCUUGCUGUGGUGGAGAAGGAUUUUAUGGUGUGUCCACAACCGAAAGAUGCGGAAAUGCAGAAUACAGACUGUGUGAUGACCCACAAAAGUACGGAUCAUGGGAUGGCUUGCAUCCCUCAGAAGCUGUAUAUAAAGGCAUUGUCAAUGGCCUGCUAAGGGGUUCAUACACCCAGCCUCCGAUUGCCAAUAGCACGAAUUCAUGUCCCCAGCUUACUAGAGUCACUUCUGAUGAUGAAGACAAGGUCUUUCUAUGACUUGUAAUUUUGUAACUAUGGCAGUUAUUCAUUGUAAAAAAUUGCAUAAUCAUAGCCAUGUUCCGCAUGGCUGCAGUUUCUGGAUUCUCAACUAGAACCAGAUAUGUACCUAUGCUAAACAGUACAGCUCCACUUGUUUAGAGCGCGUACAUGCACUUCACUU